AGGGGAGGAGGAGGAGGAGGAGGUGGAGAGUAGUACUAAGCUCAUACUCAUGCUGUGGUUUCUAUAAAAUGAGCCAAGGAAAACACCUCACAUUGGGGACUGAGACACACACCCAACAAGGUGGCCAGUGAAGUAGAAGCUAUUAAUGGCAUUGCAGCCAGCCAUGCCACCUUUUCUCACUGUCACCUUCACUGAACAGUGCCAUUCCUUCUGUGUGAUGUUGCCUUUUGCCAUUGGCGUCCGUUUCUUUCAUUCUUCAUUCACUCCAACAACCUGACCGACACUACACAACACAGGCAUUUUUCACACCCCUCAACUACUCACUCACCCUUUCCACCACACCCACACCCACACCCACACAUAAUCCUUAUUUUUUUUUACCUUUCUUUAUAAUGUUUCGGUACACCUACAUAUACAAGAGAACAAAAUUAAACACCCAUAAGAAAAAAAGAAAACAAGAAGAAGAAAAAUGUUCCAUUUGGUAGGAACUUUAAUGUGAUAAAACCUUUAUAAAUAAAGGGUGGAACUUUGGACCUCUUUUUGGACCAUCUUUAGUAUCUGCUUCUGCUCCCUUUCCUUUCUCAGUGAUUGGUGUACCAAUUGCUGCAGCCAUUUGGUAGAGUUGAAUAAAUUUGAACACUCAACAAUGUUGAAGCAAUCAACUAGCAGAAACCAGAGGUCAAAAGGGUUCAAAGUAAAACACGCACUUCAAAUAUGCUUGUUGCUUGCCAUUUGCAUCUGGUUGCUUUAUCAAGUAAAGCACUCACAUGAUAAGAAUAAGGCAUUUGGAGAUAGCUCCUCAAUGAUAUCAACAAAGAUGCUGAAUGGGCUUGAACUCAUUAAGGUUGGGAGGCGGGACCUCCAUCCCCAAGUUGACACUCAAAUUGAGGUUGAAAAGCUAGAGGAGAAUGAUUUCAAGGAAGAUUUAGACGAAACUAGGCUCGAAGAAAACGAUAAUGAAGAAGGUAGGAGUGUUGAUGAUGAAAUAGAUGAGCAUGAUCAAGAGAGAGCUGAAGAGGAAGAACCAGAUGAAGUGGAAGAUUUGAUUGAUGAAGAAGAUGGAGAAAGGCAUGAGGGAAUUGAAGAGCAAGAGAUUGAAGACAAGGAAAUUGAUUUUGAGGAUGCAAAAUCACUGGAAGAUCUAACAGAGAAUGAAGGUAAAAGUAAUGGCCAGGAGGCCAGAGAUGAACAUUACAAAGAUGAUGAUGCUUCGAGUGCUGUGAUGCAGAACAUACAAAGUAUCAGUAGGAGCUUGAGAAAGGUCAAUGAAGAGAAAGUUGGCAGUGUGGAUAAGAAUGAAGUAGAAAGAGAAAUUGAAACAUAUCACACUCAAGAUUUCAUUGUUGGUGUGAAAGAUUCAGGUAACAAAGUGCAUCGCAGUUUGACAGCUAAAACUUUUGCUUCUGAGAAUGCUGGGGAAGUGAGUUUCAUAGAUAGUGAGUUUGAUUCAACCCAUUCAGACAAUACCAUGUAUUCAACUGCGGCUGUAAAGGCAGAGUCAAAUAAGCAGACAAAUCUAAACAGUGAAAUAUUCUUGCUGCUUAAAGAACCUACAUCUGUCAUUGGAACCAACACAUUGUCAGAGUUACGUUCUGAUCUUAAUCUAAGUUCUAAUGGAAAGAACUCAUACUUGGGAGCCGUUUUGGGAAACAUGAAUGAAAUCCCAGUAGCCACAAAUUUGCAAACAUAUUCUGGCUUGACUCUAUCUGCUGUUGAAGAUUAUAAUGCUAUCGAAAAGGGAAUGGAAUUGAAUGGUUCGGAGUCCAUUGUACAAGAGGGAAUUUUGCAAUUUGGUAAAGCUGCUGAAACUGAGGAACUCUACCAUAGCAACCACUGAUGAGAAUUUAGUUGCCACCGGGGAAUCUAAAACGAAGGAUGAUUUUCAUAGCAAUAUAGACAGCUCAAAGAUAUUGGAUGGUGUAGGGAAGGAGUCCAUUGAUUCUUCUGAUUUCCCACUAUAUCAAGAAGAUAAAGAGGGUCUUUCUUAUUAUAAGUAGUUUAUAACAUUUUAGAAUUGGAGCAAACAACAUUGAAGAAGCGCACGUCAGUUUCUUAUGUAAAUGUUGAGUCAUGAUAAUACACAUAGUUGAGAGGGUAGAUCAGCAACUGCUUUAAUACGUACUUGCUUUAUUAUCAUGGAAACUAUUAUCAUCUGCUUAAAUAUACAUAAUUUUCUUA